UGGUUGUUUGCCAACUCUUGCGAAUAGAGAAAAUUCAUUGGCGAGCCCCCUACUGCUUAGUGCACCGUGAAACGAGAGAUUAGUCUCACGGCUGUCGGCUUUGGGAUACCUUGGUCAAGAUAAAAAAAAAUAAAAAUAAAAAAAAAGGAGUCUCCUGAAAAACAGAGGGGCAUGGUUGAUGUAGUGAUUGUGUGCUCAAGUCACGGCGAGCAACAUGCAUUUCCCGCUAGCGCGAGAGAAAUAAGCCAUUUCAUUAUAUUCUAUUCCUCCGUCAAAGCAAGUGCGAAUUUGAAGUUUGAACAAGCUCAGUUAUUUUGGUGAAUUUUCCUCCCUUUGUUUCAUUUUCCUCCAACAAGUCACCACUCACCAACACAAUAUCACCGCUUCGAAAUCUGAUAUCAGUUAACCGCUUCGGUUUCGUGUAACGCGAUGGAGGAAACCCCAUCGAUGCUGUUGCCACCUACUCAUAGAUAUGCAGCAGGUGCUCUCUUCGCUCUCGCACUUCACCACUCCCAAAUUCACCAAUCUCCAACCACCGCUCAGAACGCCGCUUCCGUUUCAGACGACCCCGAGCUUUGGAUUCACGACAAUUUCGGUUUGCUUUCGCCUGUUCUUAGGUUCCUUGGAGUGGAUGACCAAUCCUCGAAUGGCCUAAAGGAAACCGCCGGUUCCUCUUCCCAAUUCAGGCAUCACCUUGGAUCUUUCUUGAAAUUACUGGCGGAGGAAUCUGAUGCGAAUUCUUCGGAAAGAUUGGAUAAAGAAGCUGCAUUGACCAAGGCUGUUGAUGCAAUGACUGAGAGCAUGAGCACUGCUAGUAUUGCUGAAUCGUCGUCUGGGGAAUCCGGAGGCCAUGAGCAGAAGAGCCAAGAUUAUUUAUGCAAUACCACCGCUCCUCCGGUUGUUGAGCCCCAUAGUGAUAGUAAAACUAAAGACAGUGAGAGUUCAGCUUUGCUGCCUCAACAGAAACAAGCUUCCACUGAACUUGAAAAUGUAACAUUGGAGAAACCUCUGGAGGAGGCAAGUCUGAUCAGUUACCAGAGGAAAGUGACAGUUCUUUACGCGCUUGUUUCGGCUUGUGUAGCGGAUACGGCGGAGGUUGACAAUAAGUGCUGUCGAUCAAGGCAGGGCUAUGAUGCUCGUCACCGUGUGUCUUUGCGGUUGAUUGCUACAUGGCUUGGUGUCAAGUGGAAUGAAAUGGAAGCAAUGGAGUCCAUGGUUGCUUUUUCUUUAAUGAAUUCAUUGAGUGAAGCAGGUGCCAAGGAAGAUGAAUCUAUAGGUUCAGAAAACAACUGGGAUAAAUGGAAGCGUGGAGGCAUUAUUGGAGCAGCUGCUGUAACUGGAGGAACCUUAAUGGCUAUAACUGGUGGCCUGGCUGCCCCUGCAAUUGCCCACGGAUUGGGUGCUUUGGCUCCUACAUUUGGCAGUAUUGUUCCUUUCAUUGGAGCUGGUGGAUUUGCUGCAGCAGCAACUGCUACGGGGUCUGUUGCUGGAUCUGUUGCUGUUGCUGCAUCAUUUGGAGCUGCUGGAGCUGGCCUUACUGGGAGUAAGAUGGCUACAAGAAUUGGAAGUCUUGAGGAAUUUGAGUUGAAAGAAAUUGGAGGCGUUCAUCAAGGUCACCUAGCGGUCAGUAUCUCCAUUUCUGGGCUUGCAUUUGAGGAGAAGGAUUUUGUGAAACCUUGGGAAGGUCACUAUGAUAACUCAGAGAGGUAUGUGCUCCAAUAUGAGUCUAAAAAUUUGAUUGCUCUGAGCACUGCCAUCCAGGAUUGGCUUACUUCAAAAAUUGCGGUUGAGUUGAUGAAAGGAGGCGCCAUGAUGACGGUAUUAAGCACACUUGUGGCAGCAUUAGCAUGGCCAGCAACUUUAGUUACUACAUUUGAUCUUAUAGACAGCAAAUGGGCAGUUGCUAUAGACAGAUCCGACAAGGCUGGUAAGGUGCUUGCGGAGGUGUUGCUGAAAGGCUUGCAAGGAAACAGGCCUGUGACACUAGUAGGUUUCUCGUUGGGAGCCCGUGUUAUUUUCAAGUGUCUCCAAUUCUUGGCUGACUCUGAUGGGGACAAUGCUGGACUAGUCGAAAAGGUUGUUUUCCUUGGAGCACCCAUCUCAAUUAAUGACGAAAAUUGGAAGGCCGCUAGAAAGAUGGUGGCUGGAAGGUUUGUGAACGCUUACUCGACAAAUGACUGGACCCUUGGUAUAACUUUCCGAGCCAGCAACGACAAGUCGACAACCAUGUCUUUGUCACUGAAAGGUAGUAAUAGCUUCUUGUGAUGGGGAAAUCUCUUUACACUUGGCUGUCACAUUGUAAACGUCAAACAGUUGAAAGUAAAGUGCAACACUUUUUUCACUCCACCCUCCCUAUCCGAGCGCAUGAAACUUUGAAGUCAUGAUUUCCCCCCAUUAUUCAAUCUCUACAAAGCAACAAUGGUUAAAAAUAGAAGAUUUUAAAUCCCAAUCAAAUUUCUCCCCUCUCCUUAUUUUCCACUCUCCCUACCAAGCAUGCCCUUAAGAGAGCAUAAGCUCAUAAAUAUAUUUUGAAAUAUUUUUGC